UUGAUACGCUCUUGUUGCAGGUGGUUUGGCUGACCGCAGUCCUGUGCCCAAGGCUUGCUGCCGCCAACAAUCUGACUUUAUCCAUUUCCUCUCGAAAGAACAAGGAACAUCUUUUCAAGGGGCAUCUUCCUCAUUUCUCACUGGAAGGGCUGAUGAACAAGCGAAUGUCACUUCGAGAUAUGGAGCAUCUCCUGCAUAAGGAAUCAGGCAGCAAUGGCCACGCGGUCGAGUGCUGUCCCUCGACUGUGGAUAUGGUGGAACCGGUCGGCGGUCGAAAUCGACGAAACAUGUUCGUCCAGCUCUUUCGAAACGGCGAUAUUACCCAGAGGUUCUUCGAGUACUCCUGUAGGGCAGACGUCCUCGACCGGCCGUGCAAGUUCAUCGACUGGAGGUUAAGCAACCGGUCCAAAUGCGUGCAGAAGUUCGCGUACGUGUAUGCUAUCGUCAACACUACUAGCGAACAGGACUACAACAAUGAAGGAUACGAUCCCUUCGACACCAGGACCGAGUGGACGCUGGACUACAUCAGGGUGCGCAGCGGCUGCAGCUGCGAGAUCAUGCCGAAGCCGAAGAGGAAGAAAUCCAUAUCGAACAAGACGAGGAGGGCGAAGAGCAAAUCGCGCCAGCCGAGAGAACAGGAGCUGGAUGUCGAGAUGUGAGAGCGUCGAUUCGCGCGUUCUCAAUGACAGUACAUUGUGCGUGUAAUUGUGUUGCGAUUAACCAAUGGUAGAGGGGAGAAUGCGCGAAUGCAAGAUUUUUCACAUGCGGGACAGACAGGUGUGCGCGGAGAGAGUAUUUAAUAUAGUCGUUGGAUCGCAGAACGCAAUGGAAACGUUACCAACGAUCGUAUCAUCGAUUUUCUGAUGACAAUUAAUUACGCAAUUAAUUUAUUAGACAUUACCGGGGGCGAGGCGUGUCGUUUUGUGAAUGGUGCGCCCGCCGUCAAUUCAUCGUUUUGUACUCCUUGGUGUUUCACUUACGAAUAUCUCUCAUUAGCGUAUGCGUCUUAAAUAUCUCUUUUUUCCCUCUAUUUAUUACAAAUUUUACGUCGAAUAGGAAGAAUUUGCGCGGACUAAAGGUAGAUGUUGCUUCGCACCACCGUACUAUUCGCCGAUUUUCAAGACAUGUUCUCACAGCGGUAGAACGACGACGAUCGUUAACGAAUAUUAACGAUCCGGACUCUUCUCGCGACGAAGGACGGACUGCGGCCGACUAAUGAUCGCCACUCGAGGAGCGACGUUUCGGGAUGAUAUCGGGAUAUAUACUUUGGCUUCGCCAAUAAUUACUUCUUAACGAGAUACGAGAGAUAUAUCUCUCGUCGCGCAUGUCACUUACUUUAGAGCUUUAGCUUACUAAAUCCAAUCUAUAUCCUUCGUUUUACAUGCGGCCAGUUUUCCAUUCUGUACUUUUACUUGUAUAUUAUAAAUUUGUAUGUGUACUCGAUAAGGCUUAUGCGGUAGUCUUAAUAGGUUUAGUAACCGGCGAUUUUAAUUAGUUUAACUCACCGUGUCUAAACAUAGAUCUGCAACGCACGUCGUUACGUCACCAACGAGGACACGCGCGCGAACUGUAGUUCUACCGAAAUCUAUCGAUGAAAAAAAAAAAGGAAGAAAAUGAGGAAAGAUAUAUUCAACUGAUAACGACUAUUAUCGGCGUAGGAGGCACCGAUUUGGGACGACUGCAACGACUGCGGACGGACGUUGGAUGCGCCAAUAGCCAUGACAAUUAUUGAUAAAUCUGAUUAUCGUAAGAAGAAGAAGAAGAUAUCGCGGAAGAAGGUACUUAUGCGUAAAAGGAGAACAAAAAGGUGCCGUUCUAACUUUAAGUUCUCGUCCUUGUGCGGUCUGUCACUGCGCAUCGGGAUGCGAUUCACGCGAGAUAUAAAUAAAGUAAGGCAAAGCUAACGAACGCGCCAACUGUUUUCCCCCUUCUUUACCGGUAAAUCUAUUUUGCACGGUGGCCAUUGAUGCCUUCGGCUGCUUCUCCGUGCAUCAAUGAGCGCGCUACGCGCGUUCAUUCGCGAGGAGAUUUGUAACUUUUAAUCCACGAAAGGUAGCUCUAUGUUGUAUUGCGUUAAUUCCCCGAGAGAUCUUUAAUACACAUGCGUGUACAUAUCACCGCGCGAGAAAUACACAAGCCGCUGUUUAUUUGCCUCGCGAUGUUUAUGUAUGUUCCGCAAUAAUAUUAUCCAGAGUGAACAGUGUUUUAACACAGAUAACGAUAUAACAGCCAUGUCAACGCGAUUGAAUUGACAUGGCUGUCUAGUUACUCCCCUCUUCCCCUCCCUCUCCCCCCCGGCAGAUGUUACACUUCGCCGUUUUAUUGCCGUAUUAAUAAUUCACGUGAAUUCGGGCUGAUUGAGUAUUUGUUGUAUUUAUACGUAACAUCGUGAACGUGCGCGCAUGUUUCCUGUAUCAUGUAAACAUUGUACAUAAACGUCAUUAAUACACUUGUUACAAAACCUGA